AUGUACGUACGAGCGUUGCCGACGACGGAUGUGAAUCGGAAUACGGAGUGGUUCACGUAUCCAGGCGUGUGGACGACUUACAUCCUCAUCCUCUUCUUCGGCUGGCUCCUCGUCCUCUCUAUCUUCAACUGCUCCCCUGGCAUGGCCUGGACCAUCGUCCACCUCGCUCAUUUCACCGUAAACCUUCUUCUUUUCUUCUUGUUUCAUCUCGAUGUUUCCAAUUCUAAAUCUGCGUGA